CUUGUCUUUCUCCCCUUUCUUUCUUUUUGUUGCUUUUAUAUGGCAGAAAGUUCCUACAAUAGCGAAUAUGACAAAUUAUCAAAAUGGAGUCGAGCUCGUCAUUCUCAUAUCGGUGUAGCCUGUGUUGUUGCGCUGACAUUGUUUAUUGAUAUGUUAGUCUAUGGUGUCGUUAUACCAUGUCUUCCUCUCAUUGUCAUUGAACGUCUUAAGGGCGAUUCAACCAUGGUAGGGUUCUUGUUUGGAUGCUAUGCAUUUGGUUUGCUAGUUUCAACGCCGAUAUUUGCCAUAUUGUCUGAUAAAUAUAAAAAUAGAAGAUACCCAAUGAUUGGUGGUAUGCUGGGAUUAUUCGUAUCUACAGCUGCCUUUGCAUUAGCAGAUACGUACGUGCUACUUGUACUCGCUCGUACAGCUCAAGGCGUAGCUGGGGGUGCCUCUUGGACAAUCGGUCUAGGCUUGUUAGCAGAUGUUUUUCCUACAAAGAAGUUAGGUGUGGUCAUGGGAACAGUCCUUACGGCACACACUGUUGGAUUUGCCAUUGGUCCUGCUGCUGGAGGCUUUUUAUACGAGUAUGGAGGGUUUGCAGCACCCUUCAUAUUUUGUGCGGCAUUUGCAAUUAUCAAUUUUUUUGCCAUUGUUUGGUUGGCAGAACCAAAACACGAUCAUGUUGAGGAUACCUCCGAUCACGUUUCACGAGCACAAGAAGAUAUCGAAGAAAAUGAGAGUACUCCGUUGAUAAAAACCAAAAAGAACACCCCGGUUACAAUGAUUGGUCUUUUAAAGAACUGGCGCAUUCUCUCUUGCGUACUCUGCACGACCGUAAGUGCAUCCGUAUUUGCAGGCAUUGAACCUGCUUUACCGAUCCAUUUACAAAAGGAAUUCAACGCUCCUGCUUCUACCAUUGGCAUGAUUUUUGUCGCAAUGGUCGUUCCUGCUUUUCUUGCACCACUUAUUGGACAUUUAUCAGACAAGUGGGGAAGACAAGCUAUUUCAGCUACUGGAAUGAUCAUGAUGGCAAUAGCAGGCCCAUUUGUAGCUGUCCAUUACAGUACUAUAUAUUUUGUGAUUCCUCCACUCAUGUUGUUUGGUCUUUCCAGUCCUGUCACGCUGACACCUGUAUUACCUGAGAUGGGCGAGACAGUGACAGAAAUGGUAAGUUGUUGUAUACCAUUAGCUCAUCCAUUUCUAGUUUAUGCGCUGUAUAACAUGGCGUAUUCUGUUGGCAUGUUUAUCGGCCCAGUCAUUGCAGGCUAUAUCAUGUCAGUCUCAACAUUUGAAUCAUUGAUGCUUUUAUUCAGUGCUGCAUUACUUGUCUGCAGCCCGGUAAUGGUCAAUUGGGCAGCCGUUUAUCAUCGAAUAUUUGACUUCUUUUAA